CACUCAAUUAUGGUGUUUGACAAAUAUCUGGCAGCUGGGUCCACCACCAAUAAUGAUUCCUUCAAGCAUUCUGCAGUGUGGUAAUCCAAACCCAGUCUUUUGCACUUUGGUGGUAUCGCGGUAACAGAAACCAAUCCUCUGAAUUCCUAUUGCAAAGCAACAGUCGACACAGAUAUGGCGGACGCCCUCCUCUCAGCUUCGCUUCAAGUUCUAUUCCAAAGGUUGGCUUCUCCAGAGCUCAUAAACUUCAUUCGGCGACGGAACCUUAGCGAUGAACUCCUCAACGAGUUGAAGAGGAAACUCGUGGUUGUUCUCAAUGUGCUCGAUGAUGCGGAGGUGAAGCAAUUUUCCAACCCAAAUGUCAAAGAGUGGCUCGUCCAUGUCAAGGAUGCUGUGUAUGAUGCGGAAGACCUGUUGGACGAGAUCGCUACCGACGCUUUGCGUUGCAAGAUGGAAGCUGCUGACUCCCAAACCGGCGGAACUCUUAAGGCGUGGAAAUGGAACAAGUUCUCUGCUUCUGUGAAGGCCCCAUUUGCUAUCAAAAGCAUGGAGUCCAGGGUCAGGGGCAUGAUUGAUCUACUGGAAAAAAUCGGAGGAGAAAUUGUUCGGUUGGGGCUAGCAGGAUCACGGUCACCAACACCAAGAUUACCAACGUCCACUUCUUUGGAGGAUGACUCCAUUGUUCUCGGCAGGGAUGAAAUUCAGAAGGAGAUGGUGAAGUGGUUGCUUUCUGACAAUACAACAGGCGGCAAAAUGGGGGUGAUGUCCAUAGUGGGCAUGGGCGGCAGCGGCAAGACCACGCUUGCUCGGCACCUCUAUAACGAUGAGGAAGUGAAGAAACACUUCGACUUGCAAGUAUGGGUCUGUGUUUCCACUGAGUUUCUCCUUAUCAAGGUCACUAAAACAAUUCUAUACGAAAUCGGUUCUAAAACUGAUGAUUUUGACAGCCUAAAUAAGCUUCAGCUUCAACUCAAAGAGCAACUUAGUAACAAGAAAUUUCUGCUUGUUCUUGAUGACGUCUGGAAUUUGAAGCCUCGUGAUGAAGGUUACAUGGAGCUUAGUGAUCGUGAAGGUUGGGAACGUCUACGAACUCCACUCCUCGCUGCAGCAGAGGGAAGCAAGAUUGUUGUGACCAGUCGUGAUAAAUCUGUUGCAGAAGCCAUGAAAGCGGCCCCUACUCAUGAUCUUGGGAAAUUAAGCUCUGAAGAUAGUUGGUCCCUGUUUAAAAAGCAUGCAUUUGGAGAUAGAGACCCCAACGCAUUCCUUGAGCUUAAACCCAUAGGCAGACAGAUUGUGGACAAGUGCCAAGGAUUGCCUUUGGCUGUGAAAGUACUCGGCCGUCUCUUGUAUUCGGAGGCCGACAAAGGGGAAUGGAACGUUGUGUUGAACAGUGACAUAUGGCGGCAGAGUGGCUCCGAAAUUCUUCCAUCUUUGAGAUUAAGCUACCAUCAUCUUUCUCUACCUCUGAAGCAUUGUUUUGCUUAUUGUUCUAUUUUUCCCCAGGACCACCAAUUCAACAAAGAGAAGCUGAUUUUAUUAUGGAUGGCAGAAGGUCUUUUACAUCCACAAGAAAACGAAGGAAGGAGAAUGGAAGAGAUAGGUGAGUCAUAUUUUAAUGAACUUCUCGCCAAGUCAUUCUUUCAAAAAUCUAUUGGAACAAAAGGAUCAUGCUUUGUAAUGCAUGAUCUAAUACACGAAUUGGCUCAACACGUGUCUGGAGAUUUUUGUGCUCGAGUGGAAGAGGAUGAUAAGUUACUGAAAGUAUCUGAGAAGGCUCACCACUUUUUGUACUUUAAAAGUGAUUAUGAGAGGCUUGUUGCAUUUAAGAAUUUUGAGGCUAUCACUAAAGCUAAAUCUAUUCGAACAUUCUUAGGAGUGAAGCAAAUGGAAGACUAUCCGAUAUAUAAUUUGAGUAAAAGAGUUUUGCAAGAUAUAUUACCAAAAAUGUGGUGUUUACGUGUGUUAUCAUUAUGUGCAUAUACAAUAACUGAUUUGCCUAAAUCGAUAGGUAAUUUAAAACAUUUGCGUUACUUGGAUUUGUCUGUCACGAGGAUUAAAAAAUUACCUAAAUCAGUAUGUUGUUUAUGCAAUUUACAAACGAUGAUGCUGAGAAAUUGUUCAGAACUUGAUGAAUUGCCUUCAAAGAUGGGAAAAUUGAUUAAUUUGCGCUAUCUUGAUAUUGAUGGAUGUCGUUCAUUGAGAGCAAUGUCAAGUCAUGGAAUUGGUCAAUUAAAAAAUUUACAAAGGUUGACUCGAUUUAUUGUGGGCCAAAACAAUGGAUUAAGAAUUGGAGAAUUGGGGGAGCUAUCAGAGCUUCGAGGAAAACUUUAUAUUUCAAACAUGGAGAAUGUGGUGAGUGUUAAUGAUGCAUCAAGAGCUAAUAUGCAGGAUAAAAGUUAUCUUGAUGAGUUGAUCUUUGAUUGGCGUUACAUGUGUACCAAUGGUGUUACACAAAGUGGUGCAACAACGCAUGAUAUACUCAACAAGUUACAACCUCAUCCAAAUUUAAAACAACUCUCCAUCACAAACUAUCCUGGUGAAGGAUUUCCAAAUUGGCUUGGAGAUCCUUCAGUGUUGAAUCUCGUGUCCCUUGAGCUUCGGGGUUGUGGCAAUUGCUCAACAUUGCCACCACUUGGACAGCUAACCCAACUUAAAUAUCUGCAAAUCUCAAGGAUGAAUGGAGUAGAGUGUGUGGGUGAUGAGUUCUAUGGGAAUGCUUCCUUUCAAUUCCUAGAAACACUAUCAUUUGAGGAUAUGCAGAACUGGGAGAAAUGGUUAUGUUGUGGAGAAUUCCCUCAUCUUCAAAAGCUUUUUAUACGAAGGUGUCCCAAACUCAUUGGGAAAUUACCAGAACAGCUUCUUUCAUUGGUGGAACUUCAAAUUCAUGAAUGUCCGCAACUGCUUAUGGCUUCACUCACAGUUCCUGCAAUUCGUCAAUUGAGGAUGGUGGAUUUUGGUAAACUGCAGUUGCAAAUGGCAGGUUGUGACUUCACAGCUCUUCAAACUUCAGAAAUUGAAAUUUUAGAUGUGUCUCAGUGGAGUCAACUUCCAAUGGCACCACACCAGCUGUCAAUUAGAAAAUGUGAUUAUGUGGAGUCUCUGCUAGAGGAGGAAAUCUCGCAAACCAACAUACAUGAUCUGAAAAUCUAUGAUUGUAGUUUUUCUAGAUCCCUGCACAAAGUUGGUUUACCCACUACACUGAAAUCACUAUUCAUCUCUGACUGCUCGAAAUUAGCGUUUCUCCUACCUGAGUUGUUCAGAUGCCAUCUCCCAGUCCUUGAAAGUCUAGAAAUCAAAGAUGGUGUUAUCGAUGAUUCUCUCUCGUUAUCCUUCUCAUUAGGCAUCUUCCCAAAGUUGACUAAUUUCACAAUCCUUGAUCUUAAGGGGCUUGAGAAGCUCUCCAUUUUGGUUUCAGAGGGUGAUCCCACAUCUUUAUGUUCCCUGUCUCUAGAUGGUUGCCCUGAUCUUGAAUCUAUCGAAUUGCACGCUCUCAACUUGGAGUCUUGUAAGAUUUAUAGGUGCUCCAAGCUCAGGUCGUUGAAUUUAUGGGAUUGUCCAGAAUUGUUGUUUCAGAGAGAGGGUUUGCCUUCCAACCUACGUGAACUUGAAAUUAAGAAGUGCAACCAACUCACACCCCAGGUGGAGUGGGGUUUGCAAAGGCUGACCUCUCUUACUCAUUUCACAAUCACCGGUGGAUGUGAAGACAUUGAAUUAUUUCCCAAGGAGUGUUUGCUGCCCUCUUCUCUGACUUCUCUUCAAAUUGUAGAGCUUUCGAAUCUCAAGUCUCUUGACAGCAGGGGUCUUCAACAACUCACCUCUCUUCUACAAUUAAAGAUCAGAAACUGCCCAGAGCUCCAGUUCUCGACAGGAUCGGUUCUUCAACACCUUAUCUCUCUAAAACGAUUAGAAAUUGAUGGAUGCUCGAGGCUCCAAUCAUUGACAGAAGUGGGUCUUCAGCACCUCACCUCUCUUGAAAUGUUGUCGAUCGAAAACUGCCCAAUGCUCCAAUCCUUGACAGAAGUGGGUCUUCAACACCUCACCUCUCUUGAAUGUUUGUGGAUCGAUAACUGCCCAAUGCUCCAAUCCUUGACAAAAGUGGGUCUUCAACACCUCACCUCUCUUAAAACAUUAGGGAUCUGUAAGUGUCGUAAGCUCAAAUACUUGACAAAAGAGAGACUUCCAGACUCCCUCUCUUAUCUGUUCAUCUACAAAUGUCCUUUACUGAAAAAACGGUGUCAAUUUGAGAAAGGGGAAGAAUGGCGUUAUAUAGCUCACAUUCCAAAAAUAGUGAUCAAUUUUGUGCUAUAUUAAUCAAAGUGCCACUCCGCCAAUAUAGAGUCAGCACAGAGAAAAGAUUGAAGCAACAGACUGGGAACUCCAGCAAAGAAAAUCCGUUUCCCCUGGCCCAGACUCUAAUCUUUGGCAGGCUUUCUCUGAGGCAGGUGCCCAGACAACAAUAGCAAGUCUGUUAGGACCCGAAAUGGCCAUCACAACAAACCAGCCACAGAAGGAACUUCUGGCCCUGAAACUUGGGGUUUUGGAACAGAGAGUUUUACAGCCACCCCUGCUGCCGGCUCUAAUAUUUCCAGACCCUCCAUUGGAGGCAAUAAUGCCCAGCUGUUUGUUGACUCAAAGAAGAUUGAGGGCAAGCUGGCUACUCAACCUGCUGAAUGGGCUGGUUUCUAACUUAUUUGGUGAGGCUUAUAUCAUCCUGGGCACUUCUGGCAAUAAGAGAUGGGAAUAGAUAAAAAGGCAAAACAAAAAGGGAUUCAUGGCUUUCUGGGCAUGAUUAUGCUUGUAAGUAUUGAGUGUUUGCCUUAUGCAAUAGAAUAAAACAUCUGCAUAUGUUCCCUGGUUUCCAUGGACUACUUACAAACUUGUACUGUUCUGAAUUCCUUGAUUUUCAGGUCGGAAAAAUAAUAAUUUCUUUUAAUAUUGUCCUGUCUGUGACCUUAUCCUUCUAUUUUGCCAUCUAUUUUUGUUUAAUCCAUGAAAAUCUUGUAUCAUAUUUCAUUUUUAUUUGUAAAUAUCCAAAGCUAUGAUUUCAAAGUCAUUAAAUGUGCCAAUCCCCGUUGACCUCAAUCAGAGCUUAAGGAGUGUGUUAGAUUGUUACCAUUGAUCACCUCAGUCCAAAAGGCAUUCCAUUCAGGGAAGAGGAAAUAGAAGAAAAUGGCAGCUCUUGAUGUAUUUUGAUUUUGAUCAAGGCUUUCUUGAUGUAUACUCUGAUGUUUUGCUCAAACUAAUCCUGAUGAUUUUCUUAACUGGAAAGGUGACUUUUCCCAGUGGAGGAAUUGGAGGAAGGGGAGAUUCCUGGGUGCUGAACUAUUGAUGUUCAUUGCUCUGUUCAAGAAGAACAAGAAACUAUUGAACCCCGGCAUUGAGCUGAUGCUUCAUAACGUGUUAUUAUAAGAGACAUAGGCUGCCCGAGUUGUCUGAAUAUACCCCAUAGUCCCUCUGAUGCCUGUACACAAGUCCUUGGGCGCCUCCAGAAAGGAAGCUUGAUAAAGAGCCAUUGUGCAUAAAAAAAAAAAACACCAGUAGUCAGUGUUCACCCUCACGACAGUAACGCAGCUAGUGUCCGUGAUUCUUAUGCAACAGAAUUUCCAGAACCUGAUGGUAAUAUCCCUUUAUAGACAGUGCCAAAGGCUUCUACCAUCGCUUGUACUCAGGAUUCUGUGAUAAAGCUGCAGAUUUUUGAGGAUCAAGCAGUAGAAAACUAGAGAAAUUGCAGCCAGAGAAAUGAAGAAGAAGAACACAGAGGGGCCUAAGAGGACUGAGAGUAUUAGAAUUGCUUUAUUUUGGUUGCCUCUGCCUGAAGUUAGUUCACUGGACUUCAAUAUCUUGAUUAGAGCACUUCUGGAAACAGCAGUUUGAUCCAACCUCCCAUUUGAAAGAGGUAGUCUUUUCCUCCAACAGCUUCCAGUUCCAUUUGGAAACCUCAGGUCCUCAAAAAUAGCAACUCAACAGUAGGCUCCAACACCAAUCCCUGGGUUGGCAAUAUGGUAUUAGUCGGGUGCUUGAAGCUCUCCCAUACACUGGUAUACAAUUUCCAUCUCCAAGCAUGGCACCAUGCACUGGUUCGCUGCUCACAUUACCAGCCUCUAGAGAACAAGCUGUCUAUUGGUGGUAAGCCCAACUUUUGAUCCUCUUGGCACCGGUUAACUUCCAUUUGCAGUCCAGAUAGCAAGAAGGAAUAGGUCCUCUUCACUUGGAGAGGGUCGGAAUCCAAAUGCAAAAUCACCAGAAAGGCAAAGCCCAUGUGGAGUUUUCAUCAAUGGCAUAGAGAGAUGAACCCAAGCUUAUAUUACUAUAAGCUUGACUGAUGAGUAACAAGUAGAGGUAGAGAGACAAUGUAUGUAAGUUUUAUGUGAAUAAUUGGUCGCCCGACUGCUUUUCUCUGCAUGUUGAUUAAGUUGAAAGAGACUAGCGAAUAUUAUUUUCUUCAAUAAUGAACAUUCUCCUGUAAUUGAAUAGUGUGAAAGCAAUUUUUUUUCUUCUUCAACAAAUGAAUAUUGAGAGCAUAGAAUUACAGUAA